UCUCCUCUUCUUUUUUUAUAUAGCACACCAGCUUCAACUUGUAGUAUAAUCUACACUCGUGUAGGUGCAGAUAGAACGCAAAGGGCUAGGCUUUAGCUUCUUCUUCAACUCAGGUGAAAUCCUUAAGAUUCAGCAAAAACAAAAAGUAUGGGUCAGACGGAGAUGGGGACCGAGACUGGUGGUGCUGCUGCCAGAGGACAGCGGCGGCCAACGAUUACAGUGCCACCUCGGGCUCCUUUUGAACCCCUUUUCACCAGUGGGUCUAUGCCCGGAUACAGCCCAGGUCCGAUGACCCUUUUGUCCAAUAUCUUUUCCCCUGAUUCCAAUUCCUGCUCGUUCUCUCAGCUGCUUGCCGGAGCCAUGGCUUCCCCUAUUGGAAAGCCCACUUUUUUUGCCACCGCCGGUGAUUAUUCUACUGAGAAUUAUGCCGCUAAAGACGUCAACUUUGGAGUUGGGAACGAUAAGGGGUCGGGGUAUAAACAAAAUAGGCCGAUGGGAUUGGUGGUGGCUCAGUCUCCUUUGUUUUUGGUCCCUCCUGCCCUCAGUCCUUCUGGCUUUCUCAACUCACCUGGUUUUCUUUCUCCGCUUCAGAGCCCAUUUGGAAUGUCCCACCAGCAGGCUCUAGCACAUGUUACAGCUCAGGCUGCGUUGUCCCAAUCAUUUGUUCAAAUUCAAGCUGAUUUUCAGCGUGCCUCAGGUAUAGCCUCUGCAGAAGCAGCAGAGCUUAAGCCAUCCUCUCUGCCUAGUGAAACCCUACAAGAAGAUGUGCACAGUAUACCGGCAGAACCUCAGACUCUGAAGAUGGUUCCAUUAGAAGCAUCUCAAUCUGAUAAAAAAACUGUUUCCUUUGCUCUUGAUAAACCAGCUAGUGAUGGUUACAACUGGAGGAAAUAUGGCCAGAAGCUGGUUAAAGCAAAAGAACAUCCUCGGAGCUACUACAAGUGCACGCAUCCUAAUUGUCCUGUCAAGAAGAAGGUUGAGCGGGCGAGUGAUGGUCAAGUAACUGAGAUUACAUAUAAAGGACAGCACAAUCAUGAAUUGCCUCAGCCCAAUACACGAGCAAAAGAUAAUUCUUGUCUGAAUGGGAUGAUGAGCUCGGAGGUGAACCCUGAAUCUGGUUCGCGAUGGCAGACUGAAGUUACACAUGAUGCUGCAACUUCUCACCCGAAUAAUUUAAAACAGAAGGCAUUCACUCAGUUAUCAUCUGAGCAAUUUCCUGUUGCCAGUGAACAGGAUGAGAGGGAAGACUCGGCAACAGUUAUAGAUGAGGAUAUUGAUGAUGAUGAUGAACCGAGUGCAAAGAGAAGGAGCACAGAGGUUGGGGCAGGUGUUCCAGCUCCAUUGCAUAAAACAGUCACAGAACCAAAAAUAGUUGUGCAGACAAGAAGUGAAGUUGAUCUUUUGGAUGAUGGAUACAAGUGGAGGAAAUACGGACAGAAAGUUGUCAAGGGAAACCCUCAUCCAAGGAGUUAUUACAGAUGUACAUUUGCGGGAUGUAACGUUCGCAAACAUGUUGAAAGGGCUUCAGCAGACCCUAAAGCCGUUAUAACUACAUACGAGGGCAAACAUAAUCAUGACAUUCCAGCAGGUAGAAACAGCGGCCAAAACAAUGUCAACACAAACACUAAGCUAAAACCGCGAAGGCCUGUAGCUAGAAAGUCUUCUGUAGAUAGAGAAGUGUGAUUAUGAAAGCAAAGAUUGGAUAACAGUUGUUUUGCCGCAGCUAAAGGAGGGAAAGAUUUGCAGCAUAAGCGGUAAUCCUGAAGUGUAUGUGCAAAUGGUAAAGGCACAGCUCUGUACAGCUUUGGUGUUAGCUUUUGCAACAGUUGAAUCAGUAGCAGCUGAAGGCAUAUGAAGUGACUUUUUUUUUUUUGUUCCCCCCGGGGGGGGGGGUUGCAUCCGAUAUUUCUGGUCACUCUUCAAUCUUCCACGUAAAUGUAUGGGAAUCAUACUUUUAUGUAACUUUUUUUCUUUUAAUUCUUUUGGGUGUAUGCAUGCCUCCUUGUGCUGAUGAAGUAAAUAAUGAAGGGAGGGAGGGGAUGAUCUUCGGUAGAGCUCCUCCAUAUAAAUCUCUAGGCCAUUCAAGUGCGUGUGUAUGUUCUAUGUGCAUUGUCACUUGUACCUUGCUCAACAAUUAUGUGCCAUUAGGCCUUUUUUUC